GGGAGAGGAAAGGGCUUAGGUCGCAAAGUCUAGAUCAAGUUGCCAUGCUCGAUUGUCGUUAUGGGUUUAAUUUCUUUUCUUGUACAGAGUAAGUAUCGUGGAAAGCCUUGUCUCUAUUAUCGACAACACAUCUCAUUUACUCCUCUGUAAUUUUCUUGAUAUAUUUAUUGCCUUACCCUUUCCCCCUCUCUAGAAUCCUUACCUUAUUUGCUACAAUGGGUGCCGCGCUCACCUCCCCCGUCUAUAUAGACUAUGAUGAAUUCUUUAUAAGUAGCAGCAACAUCCUCGCUGUCCCGUAUGAAAAUGUUACCGCCGCUUUCAAGACGCCCAUCGCUAUCCACUCUACCGCUAUAGAUGGCUUCGACUGGACGCAGCCGUAUCCGGGCUCCCGCAGAGACGGCCACACGGCGUACCUCGAGAUCGCCCAGGAAAUGCCCUUGUCUGCGUCUAUCGUGGAAAAUGCAACCACUGUCCUGUCGUCCUUAACAUUUGGUAUUCCCGACAGCAUGAGCUCUGGCGGCCAGCCACUGGCUAUGGACCCUUCAUGGUACAUUUGUCGCCAUGUCUUCAUCUCCACCAGACCCGAGGUGAAGCUGGCCGUCGACGGUGGCAGCAAGUGCAAUUUCCUAUCCCAGGCAUGCCAGGCCGAUCUCAAGACCAGCCUGACCCAGGAUUGGGGAAAAGUAGCCAACGGCACCAUGUGCUCGGCGCUUGGCUUUGAUGCCAUACCACCAAGCUGUCAGGACUCGUUUGGCUUCGCCCGUCAGGACGUCAUGGCUUUUGACGCCGCCUUCCUCGCAAAUACCACCCUGGGCCCGGUGCAGACGAACAAAGAGCAACACCAGUACAGCUGGCGCAUUGGCACUGGAUACCACAACCCUGGCGAUGCUCGCGCCUACGCCUUGGCCGCCAACCGGACAUACCUCGUCGCCACUGUCUGGGGUUACAGCCAGAGUGCAACUCCCAUUCGAGUCCCCGAGGUGUCGUUCGGUUGCCUCUCGUCUGGCGCAAGCUACAUCCCGCCACCUCCUGCCCCUCCGCUGUCCACCACGACAACGACUACGGCAUCGACGUCUCCCACCUCAGCCCCAACCGAGACGCCCAUCCCCAACAACGUCGCCUUUGGCGAUGACUUUUCCAGCGGGUCCAUGGCCCAGUGGAAGACUUACGGUGGUUCCUUCGACGCAUCCUCGGGUGCCUUAGUGGGAAGCACAUCUCUCGGUGGCAAGGCCCUGGUGAACACCAACUUUAAAAACUUCCUCUUCGAGGCCGAUGUCAUGCUGCCAUCGACCUCUGGUAACGCCGGUCUUCUCUUCCGCGUAUCUAAUCCGAGCAUUGGUGCAGAUGCCUACAGCGGCUACUAUGCAGGUAUUGAUGCCUCUGGAAGCGUUGUCCUCGGCCGGGCGAGCAAUAGCUGGACGCGUCUCGGUAGCUCGCCCGCCGACAUGGCAUCCAACAAGGUCCACCACGUCAAAGUGCAGGCCAUGGAUAAGGCGCUCGACCUUUUUGUCGAUGACAUGAGCAAGGCCAAGGUCAGCGUCAUGGAUGGUAUGUAUACCAGCGGCAUGAACGGCGUGCGAGUCUACGACACGGGCGCCACCUUUGACAACAUUCAAAUCACCCCACUGGCGUUUAGCGAUGACUUCUCAAGCGGCACCAUGGGCAAGUGGACAACCGUGGAUGGCAAAUACCAAGUCUCAUCCAAUGCUGCUGUUUUGUCCGCCUCGCCCAUCGCCAAGGCCCUGACCACCGACGUCACCUCCAAAGACUUGAUCUAUGAGGCCGACGUCUCCAUCGACUCCUCCUCCGCUAACGGCAACGGCGGCUUCAUCUUCCGCGUGUCCAACGCUAAGGCCGGCCCGGAUAGCUACAACGGGUACUAUGCUGGUAUCGGCAACGGACUCGUCGUUCUCGGCCGCGCGGACAACAAUUGGAAUGAGCUCAAGAUGAUUCAGGCUGCGGAUAUCAAGGAGGGACAGAAACAUCACUUAGUGAUUCGGACGAGUGGAGAUUCUAUUUCUGUCUACGUGGAUGACUUGAAUACGCCGAGGAUAAUGGUUAAGGAUGGAAAGUAUAGUGCUGGGUUGAGUGGCAUUAGGGCUUAUAUGACGACCUUGUCUGUGAGUAAUGUCAGGAUUUACACGGCUUAA